AGUUGUUUAUCCAUACAUUUUCAGCCCCAAGUAGUUUGUAAAUAGGCAACGAUAUUUAUAACCUCGUUACGUACCGGUUAUUAUUUCUGCCAUCUCGUAACUUGCAGGCUUUUCACCAGGACUUCCGCCUCCCGACUAUGCUCGCGGUGUUUUCUCUGCAGUUUUACUAGUUAGCUUGUAGCAGGUAACCAGAGCCCAGCAGGUGGACGAGCAGCAGGACGGGAAUCACCAAUGGCAGCUCGGCAACCCUUCACAGACACGGACACUGCCGAUGAAGCAGUGAGGGCGACGUGUGACGAUGCAACCACAUGCAAAAGGUUUGCUACCAGUAAAGGCUACUGGAAGGACCCGUAUAUCCAAUACUUUGUAAGAUCUGUAGGAGACCGAAAGGCCCCCGAAAUCAACAGAGGUUACUACGCCCGUGUGCAGGGAGUGAACCACCUCCUCGAUGCGUUUCUAAGGAAAACACAGUGUGACUGUCAAGUCAUCAACCUGGGUGCUGGACUGGAUACCACAUUUUGGAGGCUAAAGGAUGAAAACCUCAUGCCACGGAAGUUCUUUGAAGUUGACUUCCCAACUGUUGUGGCAAGGAAAAUACACAAUAUAAAGACAAAACCUCCUCUGUCCAAACCCAUCAUCGAAACCCACUCAACAGACUCCUUACUGCUAGAUGCCCACAGCCUUGAAUCAGAUCGUUACUGUAUCAUUGGGGCGGACCUCAGAGACAUCUCCAGUUUGGAUGAAAAACUGAAAAAGUUUCAACUUAACCCAGAGUUACCGACAUUGCUUCUGUCAGAGUGUGUGCUGGUCUACAUGACACCAUCUCACUCCUCCAACCUUGUUCACUGGGCAGCAGAAACCUUUCACACUGCCAUGUUCAUCAACUAUGAACAGGUCAACAUGAGUGAUCGAUUUGGUCAAGUGAUGAUCGAGAACCUGCAGCGUCGCCAGUGCACCCUGGCGGGAGUGGAGGCAUGCCAGACUCUGGACUCUCAGAAGGAUCGGUUUCUGAAAACUGGCUGGGAACACGUUGACGCUCUAGAUAUGAUGACGGUCUACAGUAUGCUCCCUCAGGAUGAUGUGGCAAGAAUUGAGCAUCUGGAGUUCUUGGAUGAGAAGGAACUUUUGCAACAACUUCUUCAGCACUACAAUAUCUGCUGGGCCACCAAGGAUAAACUUAAUCUGGGUCUCUCUCAGUUGGCGUUUUGAGCAUUAAAUUGCGCCACUUUUUGUGUGUCCGCCAAAAUCAACAGCGGGAGAAGACGUGUUAAAGGAGGCCUAAGGAAAGAGGAAGUCAUUAAUUCUCUGCCGAGCCCCUCAUCUGGGAUUCGUUCCGGUGUGAAAAGUCCCGGCAUCAGCAAAAUGCAGUUUCACAAGCAUCCUUGAUAUCCCUGUAUGUGUUAAAGACAUGAUGAGAAUUGUGAACAUGUCCAAAACAUCAACAAAAUCUGCUCUUGUGUGAUGGAGAUGAAAGAAUGUAUUAAGAAUCACAGAUGUUACAUAUUUGUGCUUUCCUGAUUUUCAUGUGCCAUUUUAAUUUAAUUUAUUGAUCAGAUUAUUACUUGCAUGCCAUAACUAGUGAAAUGCAUACAAAUACUCGUUAAUUUUACUUUUACCUGCAAAAUGUUUUCAAUUGUUGACCCUAGCUGAGAGAAAGUGACAGAUUAGUUUGUUAUUGAUUAUAUUUGAUGAUCAAUCAAG